UUGUUUUUUUUUCCUCCCAGCCCAGCAGCCCAAUAAACAAACUUUACUGCCGUGUUCCUUUUUCAACAUCAAAUUUACUUCAGAUAGGAAGGAAGAAAAUGGGAAGCAGAGCUUUGCUUCUGGUCAAGGGAGUGUCGUCUUCUUCGCUACCCAAGAACCAGCUUUUCUACAACUUUAACAGCAAAAGCAACUUUCCUCGUCCUAGCAACAACUGGGUUCGAACAAAUUGCUCAACAACCCAAAGCAGCGGGCCUUCUCUGGAGCCUCCAGACUUGCCUCGUUUGGCUCAGACUGCUCGAAUUUCUCUGACCCCUCAUGAGGUUGAAGAAUUUGCUCCCAAAAUUGGACUUGUUAUAGAUUGGUUUGGGCAGCUUCAAGAUGUUGAUCUUCAAAGUGUGGAGCCCUCAAUCAGAGCAGAUACUGAAGGUGAUAGUUUCCGGGCCGAUAUUCCUGAAACAUUUGAGAACAGGGAGGCCAUGAUUGCUGCUGUUCCAAACUAUGAGGAGCCAUAUAUUAAAGUUCCCAAGGUCUUGAACAAGGAGUAGAGAUAGCUUUUUCCUUCUCUCUUGGAGCUCUUAAGCUAUGUGUGGGCUCAAGGGAAUAACAUGAAACCUAUCAUUCAAAAAAAUAUUUCUUUAUGUUUCCUGAUUUCAAAUGUGUCCUCGUUCAAUCUUUUGUUUCAAUAUAACAGUGCAUUUGUGAUGAAAUGAAGAUAUGGGACAUGAGCUUUCUGUC